UCUUGCUCCACUAACGAAAGAAAUUUCUUCCUCCUCACCCACCCGAAGCUACAGAGGAAGAAGAAAGUGAACUCAAAUGGCGUCAUUCACUCAGCAACUGGGUGUGAUUAACAAGAAUCGGUGGCUCCUCUAAGAAGAUUAUUCAAAGCUAUUCUUACAAAAAGCAGCUGAGAGUAGUCUAGGCAAUGCGCAGACAAGAGAGAGAGAGACAGAAGCUUAAAGAGAUGUUUGAAGAAGCAUACGAGCGGUGCCGCACUGCACCUAUGGAAGGUGUCUCUUUACUUCCACGCUGCUCUCGAUAAGUACGACUUCGAUUCCGAAAUCAGCUCUUAAUCCUUAAUAUACCACUCUGCCCUGUUGUAACUUUUCUUCGACAACUGAAGCUGAAAUUUGGUAAUUUCUGUGAUUUUUGGGUGCCAGUAUUAAAAAAAUUGAAUUAGCAGUGGGUGUUAAUCUCGCUGUGAAAUGGAUACCGACUUUUAACGUCUAAUUUCUUAUAUUUGAUGAUUGUUUUGAAUUGAGUUUUGCCAGAUAUGGAACCUAAUACUUAUAAUGAAUGGGUCGUGAAGUUGAAAUGGAGAACAAUAUUUUUACACUCAUAAAACACCAGAGUUCAGAUUUUCUCAACAUAACCAAGAUUGAGCCAGUUGAUUUGUUUCUAUUUGUCUUGGUAGGUAAAAGGUACAGUGUUUAGUAUAGAUGCAUAGGGAGACUGCCAAAUCAUCUGCAUUCUUGCCACUUAGAGAGGCAUCUAUUCACAAUAUCAAGAAUGUAGAAGAGGCUGGCUGGCAUAGUUCCUGGUUUACGAGAGGAAUUUGUAGUUAUUGGUGAAAAUGAAGCUGAUGAUAGUUUGAUAUUGAGUUUGCGUUCCAUCCAAUAUGACCUUGCCUGGGAACGAUGCAGGGCAGGCAGCUUCAAGCUGAAGAUGUUGUUGUCAAAGGGAAGGUAAUUGGUGCUAAUAAAGGUGGAGUUGAGGGCCUUCGUGGAUUUGUUCCAUUCUCACAGAUCUCAACUAAAUCAACUGCAGAGGAGCUUUUGGAUAAGGAGCUUCCUCUCAAGUUUGUGGAGGUUGAUGAAGAGUAGUCUAGACUUGUCCUCAGUAACCGCAAGGCCAUGGCUGAUAGUCAGGCACAGUUAGGAAUUGGAUCAGUUGUACUGGGAACUGUUCAGAGUUUGAAGCCAUAUGGUGCCUUCAUUGAUAUAGGAGGGAUUAAUGGUCUGGUCUCCUCCAUGUUAGCCAGAUCAGUCAUGAUCGGGUCUCAGAUAUUGAAACAGUCCUUCAGCCGGGUGACACCUUAAAGGUCAUGAUCUUGAGCCAUGACCGUGAGAGGGGCCGUGUGAGUCUUUCUACAAAGAAGCUGGAACCUACACCUGGUGACAUGAUUCGCAAUCCUACACUUGUGUUUGAGAAAGCCGAGGAGAUGGCACAAACAUUCAGGCAAAGAAUUGCUCAAGCUGAAGCAAUGGCUCGUGCAGAUAUGCUGAGAUUCCAACCCGAGAGUGGAUUGACUCUCAGCUCUGAUGGGAUUUUAGGCCCACUGAGCUCUGAUUUGCCGGCAGAGGGAUUGGAUUUGAGCGAAAUUCCCCAGGCGGAAGAUUCAUUUGAUAUAAGCGAAAUUCCUCCGGCCGAAGAUCCAAUCGACGAUUUAUAAAUUGUUUUUGUGGCAUUGGUUUUUGCAGAAAUCUUGUGGCAGUGGCACGUGCAGGGACAUUAUUGGGAAUACAGCUCCAUCCAACACAGAUCUGUUGUUUUGUCCUUCUUUCUGGGAAGCUUCAUUUGAUAUUUUGAUCCAAAGAUUGUUUCUUCUUCUCUCUCUCUCUAUAUAUAUAUCCUCGCCCAACCGCCGCCCCGAGCUUCCGCUUACGGACGCUCUUCUCUCUCAUUUCAACAUGUAAGCUCUAAUCAAGUCUGCAAUCCUGAGUGUCAAUAUGUCUGUGGAGGUCAAGCCAGGCAGUAUGGAAAAAAUUGACGUCGACAGAAACACGAGGCUUGAGUCAUUCAAGAAGAAGGCCAUUAAUGCCUCCAACAAGUUCAAAAGUACUCUAAGCAAAAAGAGCAGGAGGAACAGCAAAGUGUUUUCGCUUGUCAUGGAUGACGAGCACGAUGCUGAGGAAGUUAAAUCUGUUGAUGCCUUCCGCCAAGCUCUUAUCCUCGAGGAAUUGCUUCCAGCUAAGCAUGACGACUAUCAUAUGAUGCUGAGGUUUUUGAGGGCCAGGAAGUUUGACAUUGAGAAAACAAAGCAAAUGUGGUCUGAUAUGCUCCAGUGGAGGAAGGAGUUUGGCGCUGACACGAUCACAGAGGACUUCGAUUUCAAGGAGAAAGAAGAGGUCCUUAAGUACUAUCCCCAAGGGCAUCAUGGCAUCGACAAGGAUGGAAGGCCGGUAUAUAUUGAAAGACUUGGUCUGGUUGAUGCCACCAAGCUCAUGCAAGUUACCACCAUGGAUCGUUAUCUGAAGUACCAUGUCCAGGAGUUUGAGAGGACCAACAAUGAUAAAAUGCCAGCGUGUACAAUCUCUGCCAAAAAACACAUUGAUCAGAGCACAACUAUUCUGGAUGUGCAAGGAGUGGGACUGAAAAACUUCACCAAGUCAGCUAGGGAACUCAUUCAGGCCCUUCAAAAAGUUGAUGGUGACAAUUACCCUGAGACCUUGUGUCGUAUGUUCAUCAUCAAUGCUGGAUCUGGAUUUAGGCUCUUGUGGAACACAGUCAAGUCUUUCCUUGACCCCAAGACCACUGCUAAGAUUAACGUUCUUGGCAACAAGUAUCAGAGCAAGUUGCUUGAAAUCAUUGAUGCAAGUGAACUUCCAGAUUUCUUUGGUGGCACCUGUACUUGUGCUGACAAGGGAGGAUGUAUGGUCUCUGACAAAGGCCCAUGGAAUGACCCGGAAAUCAUGAAGAUGGUUCGCAAUGGCGACCACAAAUGCUCAAACAACUCGGCCAACACGGCCACUCCAGCUGUUGAAGACAAAGCGAUUGUGGAGUACGAGGGGGGUUCCAAUGUGAAGAAAUCUGUUUCUUUCAAGAUGGAGUCUCCCAAGAAGGUCUCUGCUGUUCAACAGGAAAUGCCCCAACCCGAUCAGUAUGUCCCCCCGGUGAACAAGAAUGUUCCACCGAAUUGGAAUAGAGCAGUAAGUGCCGUAAAGGUUGACAACUUUGCUGUUGCAAAAGUGCCAAAUUUUUACCCCGUGGGUUACACGCCCCCAGACGGAGGCAACCAGCUCUUCUCGAGCAUGAUGACGUUUUUCAUGGGCGUCUUCACCAUGGUCAGGAUGUCGCGCAACAUGCCUGCUACUGGUACUAGGAAUUACACAGAUGCCGGGUUUUGCUCUGGCAACGGAAUGAUGAAUGGCCCGGGAUAUCAGCUCCCUGAAACUACUGUGUCUGUCACAGAGUUCAUGAACAUGAUGAAACGCGUGGGAAGCCUGGAGGAGAAGUUGAUCACUCUCAGCAAAGAACCACCCACCAUGCCACCCGAGAAGGAGGAACAACUCAACAAUGCUUUGAGUAGCGUUGAUGCCUUGGAGCAAGAACUCGAAGCCACCAAGAAGGCUCUUGAGGAGACUCGUAGCCAUCAAACUGAGAUAGAAGCCUAUAUCGAGAAGAUGAAGAAGAAAAAGAAGUUCUUCGGUUUCUAAUCAUCCAGUUUGUGACACACUAAACAUCUGUAGCUAUAUAUGUAUAGGAAGCCCAAAAAAGGUGAGCACUUUUAUAUAUUAGGGGAGAUGAUACUUUUAUUAACAGUCAAAUCAUAAUGGUAAAUCAUAUUUAGUUCA